AUGCUUCAAUCUUCUCUGCGGCAGAAGAGCUGCCAGCUCCUGAAAGUUGGCAGCGUCGCCAGAUCUCUCAGUACCGCAUCACGAACAUCUCCUCUCCUGUCCCCAAAGUCCUCAGCGGUAUCCUCGAAACGAACUUCGGCUGCCACUGGGCAAAAACGCUAUGCCGCUGCCGUGGCGAACGCCCCGGAUCCGAACGACAGCUUUCUGUCCGGAAAUACCGCAAAUUACAUCGAUGAGAUGUACAUGCAGUGGAAGGAAGAUCCGAAGAGCGUGCAUAUCUCAUGGCAGGUAUACUUUCGCAAUAUGGAGAGCGGCGAUAUGCCCAUGUCGCAAGCCUUCACACCUCCACCGAAUCUCGUUCCUGUGCCCACCGGCGGCGUCGCAACCUUCACUCCUGGAGUCGGCAUGGCUGCUGGUCAGGGCUCGGAUGUAACCAACCACUUGAAGGUACAAUUACUUGUGCGAGCAUACCAAGCUCGCGGACACCACAAGGCGAAAAUCGACCCCUUGGGCAUUCGUCGCGAGGCUGAGGAGUUCGGAUCUAGCAAUCCCAAGGAGCUACAGCUCGAGCACUACUCGUUUACGGAGAAGGAUUUAGACACCGAAUACAACCUUGGCCCUGGUAUCUUGCCGCGAUUCAAGAAGGAAGGCCGUGAGAAGAUGAGCUUGCGUGACAUCAUUGCCGCAUGCGAGCGCAUCUACUGCGGUUCUUACGGAGUCGAAUAUAUCCACAUCCCAGAUAGAGAACAGUGCGACUGGCUCCGCCAGCGUGUUGAAGUUCCUCAGCCCUUCAAAUAUUCCGUUGAUGAGAAGCGCCGAAUUCUUGACCGUCUCAUCUGGAGUUCCAGCUUCGAGAGCUUUUUGGCAACCAAAUAUCCUAACGAUAAACGUUUUGGUUUGGAGGGUUGUGAAACAUUGGUCCCUGGGAUGAAAGCCUUGAUUGACAGAAGUGUGGAUUAUGGUGUCAAGGAUAUUGUCAUCGGUAUGCCCCAUCGUGGUCGUUUGAACGUCCUUUCCAACGUCGUCCGGAAGCCCAACGAAUCUAUCUUUAGCGAGUUUGGAGGAAGUGCUGCGGCUGAAGACGAGGGAUCCGGUGAUGUAAAGUACCAUCUCGGUAUGAACUUUGAGCGCCCUACCCCUUCUGGAAAGCGUGUCCAGCUUUCACUUGUGGCCAACCCUUCCCAUUUGGAAGCUGAGGAUCCUGUCGUCUUGGGUAAGACCAGAGCUAUUCAGCACUACAACAACGAUGAGAAGGCUCACAACACUGCCAUGGGAGUCCUCCUCCACGGUGAUGCCGCCUUUGCUGCUCAAGGAGUUGUCUACGAAUGUCUUGGUUUCCACUCUUUGCCUGCUUACUCGACUGGUGGUACUAUCCACCUAGUCGUCAACAACCAGAUUGGCUUCACUACUGACCCUCGUUUCGCUCGUUCGACUGCCUACUGUACCGACAUUGCCAAGGCUAUUGAUGCGCCAGUCUUCCACGUCAACGCUGAUGAUGUUGAGGCUGUCAACUACGUUUGCCAAAUGGCGGCGGAUUGGCGCGCCGAGUUCCGCAAGGAUGUUGUGAUUGACCUCGUCUGUUACCGCAAACAUGGACACAACGAGACUGAUCAACCUUCCUUCACCCAACCACUUAUGUACAAACGCAUCCAGGCACACGAACCUCAAAUUGAUAUCUAUGUCAACCAACUCUUGAAAGAUGGCAGCUUCACCAAAGAGGAUAUCGAAGAGCACAAAAAAUGGGUCUGGGGCAUGUUGGAGGACAGCUUUACCAAGAGCAAGGACUACCAACCAACUUCCAAGGAGUGGACCACAUCUGCUUGGAAUGGUUUCAAGUCUCCUAAGGAGCUUGCCAAUGAAGUCCUACCCCACAACCCUACCGGUGUUCCCUUAGGCACUCUCGAGCACAUCGGGACUACCAUUGGGACGGCGCCAGAAGGCUUCAAUGUUCACCGCAACCUGAAGCGCAUCCUUGCCAGCCGUGUUAAGACUGUCACUGAAGGCACCAACAUCGAUUGGUCUACUGCUGAGGCUCUUGCUUUCGGAUCUCUGGUCCAAGAAGGUCACCAUGUUCGCGUUUCUGGUCAGGAUGUCGAGCGUGGUACUUUCUCUCAAAGGCACGCCGUGUUCCAUGACCAGGAGACUGAAAAAACGUACACCCCACUUCAACAUAUCAGCAAGGACCAAGGCAAGUUCGUCAUCUCUAACUCUUCACUGAGUGAGUUUGGCUGUCUUGGAUUCGAGUAUGGAUACUCGCUUUCAUCACCAAACGCCCUCGUCAUGUGGGAAGCUCAGUUCGGUGAUUUCGCCAACAAUGCUCAAUGUAUCAUUGAUCAAUUCGUUGCCUCCGGUGAAGUUAAGUGGAUGCAGAGAUCUGGUCUUGUGAUGUCGUUACCUCACGGAUACGAUGGACAAGGUCCCGAGCAUUCGUCUGGACGCAUGGAGAGAUAUCUGCAACUCAGCAACGAGGACCCACGCAUUUACCCGGCCCCAGAAAAGCUGGAUCGCCAACAUCAAGACUGCAACAUGCAAAUUGCUUACAUGACCACUCCCUCGAACUUGUUCCACAUCCUGAGAAGACAGAUGCGCAGAGAAUUCCGCAAGCCCCUCGUCAUCUUCUUCUCCAAGUCUCUUCUCCGACACCCACUUGCCCGCUCACCCAUUGAGGAGUUCACCGGUAAUUCGCAAUUCAAGUGGAUUAUCCCCGACCCCGAGCACGGCAAGUCCAUCGCCGAGCCCGAUGACAUUGAUCGCGUCAUCCUCUGCUCCGGACAAGUUUACGCCGCUCUCCACAAGUACCGUGCCGACAAGGGCUUCAAAAAGACUGCCAUUACUCGUAUUGAGCAACUGAACCCCUUCCCGUGGCAACAACUGAAGGAGAACCUCGACACAUACAAGAACGCCAAGACCAUCGUCUGGUGUCAAGAAGAGCCUCUCAACGCUGGAGCCUGGAGUUUCACCCAACCCAGAAUCGAGACCCUGCUCAACCAGACCGAGUUCCAUGACCGCAAGCAUGUCAUGUACGCUGGUCGCAACCCAAGUGCCAGUGUGGCUACGGGGUUGAAGGCUAGCCAUACUAAGGAGGAGGCUGAUUUGUUGGAAAUUGCUUUCUCUGUUACCCAAGAUAAGCUAAAGGGCGAGUAA